UGGAAGACAGGAAGCCUUUUUUUUUUUCUCCCUUAAACCCUGCAGAGCGAUAAAAUCCAGCGAAAAAGGUCGAGGACGAGCUGCUGAUGUCAGAAAAACAUUCAUCACAGCCUCCAGGGGCACCCAAACCGACUAUGGCCGCUGACGCUGGCAGCGUCGUUUCAGCCAGAGAAAUCGAAAAUGUGAAAGCAAAGUCCCUCACCAUGAACAUCAAAACAGUGAGCGUUCCAGGAAGUCAACCAUCCGGGAACGCUGUUGGACAGGCUCCCCAGGCAGAUUACAUUGCAUCUGGCUGCAGCGUAAUAUGUGCUGACAAAAUAUGUGACACCACUAUUGAUGGGGACAUUGAUUUGUCAGUGUCUGUGAACAGCUCACAAGUGCCUGCAGGAACUAGAGAUGAGACACCUCCUUCCUCUAAGGGCGCUGCUGUGAAAAUGAUCACUGAGCACAAGGUGGAGCUCAUCGAGUGCCUGAUGGCGGAUCACUCCUUCAUUCUGCAGCACGUGCAUGCCAAACAUAUCGUCACAGACAGACAAUAUCAGAACCUGAAGCAUAUCUCACAGCCAGAAGAAACCGUCACUAACCUGAUCGAUCAAAUUAUUUUAAAAGGUCAAAGGUCCUGCUCUCUUUUUCUUGAAAUCCUCAAAGAGCCUGAUGUUCUGAGGACCUUUCCACAGCUCAAGGAAAUCACAAAAAACUGGUGCUAAGGAACAGUGGAAGCCGUGCAUUAGCCAUGAAUUGCAAUGUAAUUGAAAAACAGAAAAACAGCAGGACAUGGUGAACACAAUACACAGGUGAUUAGGUUUUAGUUUGUCUGUGCAGGUUUUUUUUAAAUAAAUAGCAUUUUUAAAAUCCAUCAUCUUCCUUUCAUACAAGGUUUUUCCUUUGAUACAUAACAAUUGGAUCAAUAUUUGCUGUUGUGGAAGAAUAAAAAUCUCAUUGUCAUAUCUAA